CGAAGAAAGCCGAUACACUCAGUGCCACAUUGUUCCCUCUCCCUCUCUCUCGUUCUUCUCACAAGUUGUCUAGCGUGCUGCUUUGCUUCUCAGGACACGUUGAAGCUUUUGUUCUUUGCUAGCUAGGGGCUAUCAGUUUCAGACGUUUGUUUUUCUUCGUUAUUGGAAAAAUCCAGCAGCUGUUUGCAUGCUAAUAUAUGGGAUUUCUCUUUUGCUUAGAUCUGGAACACUUGCUGUCUAGCAGGAAAGAAUUAGUACCUGCAUAUUAUGUGACCCUGAAAAAAAAAAGAACCAUCUUUCUUUCUGUCCUUCAUUAGUUUGGCACUAAAACUUGAGUAAGGUUAACAGGAUUGUGCGGUACAACCAACAAUAAUGGAGGGGGAGAAGAUGGAUACAGAGGGAAAGGUGGAGACAGAGAAGAUGAACAAGGCAAUUGCGAUGGCAUAUGAUGUCCAAUCUAAAAUAAUAGAGGAUCUAACAGGGGAUCACUUUCAUGUUGGCUUCUAUGACUCUAGCUCCGUUAUCCCUGGUUCUGAUGUCCAUUCUGCUCAGACUCGCAUGAUCGAGGCGGGCCUCCGUUUUGCCUCUGUAUCAGAGGAUCCAUCUAAGAAACCAAGAAACAUACUUGAUGUUGGAUGCGGUAUUGGUGGCAGCACCAGGUACCUAGCAAGUAAAUAUGGUUCUCAAUGUAAAGGCAUCACCCUUAGCCCUGUUGAGGCUGAAAGAGCUCGUGUUCUAACUUCUGCCCAAGGAUUAGAAAGCCAGGUUUCCUUUGAAGUGGCAGAUGCACUGAAUCAGCCAUUUGCAGAUGGGUCAUUCGAUUUAAUUUGGUGUAUCGAGUGCGCAGAUCACAUAACCGACAAAACAAAGUUCGUUCAUGAGUUGAAUCGGGUGGCUGCCCCUGGUGCUACUAUCAUUUUACUCACUUGGUGUCAUAGGGAUCUUUCGCCUCUUGAACAAGAUUUGCAUCCAGAUGAGAAAAAGUUACUGAGCCAACUGGAGAGCAGCAUUCGUAUUAAGUGGAUUUCUGCUGCUGAUUACAUAAAUUUAUUCAAGUCCUGCUCUCUUGAGGAGAUCAAGUAUGCAGACUGGUCUCCACACGUUGCUCCAUAUUAUGCAGAAAUGAGGAAGAUAACGUUGUCAUGGAAAGGAAUCAUGGCGUAUGUUAGACAUGCUGGAUGGAGGCAAUUGAGCAUCAGGGCGCUGAUGAUGCCGUCAGUGUUCGAAAAAUUUAAAACUGGUCUGUUCAAGUAUUGCAUUCUUACGUGCCAGAAGCCUCAGUAGUUCACUUCUAGUGAUGUUUAAUGUCGUCGUAUAAAUAUCACUCCACCAUCGAUAACGUGUGAAUCUUUAAGUAUUGCACUUAUGUUUUUGGCCCUCAAAAGCCAAUUUGUGCUUGUAUUGUUCCUCACGACGCGUGAAUCUUCUUGAUUUUGAGAUUUACCAUUUUCCCUUCUUUUU